AUGGCUCCAAAGCGUAAAGGCAAGGCCCCAAGCGCUCCGACUGCGAAGGCGCCAAAAGCAGAUCCGAACAAGCCAAGCGACAAGCAGCUGUGCAACAUCCUCAAGUGCUUCGUGCGGAUCGCGGGGGGUGGCGGUGCCGCCUAUUUUCCGGACUCUGUGCAUAACUCCAAGGGCUUCUCGUCGGCGUCCGUGGCCCCUCUCUCCACAUCAGACGGCGUGACGCUCAAGCUCGGUAAGGGCGCCAAGGAGUUUCUCGCAUCGCUUCCCCUGACCGACAGCUCAAGCUAUUGCGAGCUCUGUGCCGACUACGCAAGCGCCGUGGUGAGCGCCCGGCUCCAGUACGGCGAUUUCAACCUCAACGACGGCGAGUGCCGCUGGCAGCCGGUGGGAGUGCACUUCCUCCCCCUCCUCGUGUACGUCGAGACCGAGGCCCUCGCAAAGCAGUGGCUCGAGGUGUUCUUUGACUCGGCCGAGUGCGACCCCGAGGAUGUCGGUGUGGGCGGCUGCGUCGAGAAUGACAGCGAGUGCUGCGUCAUCAAGGACUACCUCGCCGAGCUCUCCCCGAAGCCCUCGUCGUUCGCGGACUAUGUGAAGGCGAGGGAGAAGCUGGCGCGUGCGGCGCGCCAGCUGCAGUCGUAAGUGUCGCACACGCCCGAAGCCCUCUCGCUCCGCACACCACUCUGAGUGCCAGCAUGGAGGUUGGAGCAUGCCGUCUUGCGAGUGGUGUGGCCCUGGAGGGUUGGUGGGUUGCGCGUGACCGUCUUGCGUGGGACGGAUGUCCCAGCGGUCUGCAAAGGAGGGCAGUUUGUUGUUAGGCGAGCACUGUUAGAGGAUUCCGACCCGAGA